AUGCAAGAGAAUACCGGAGGAGUACAGCAGGGAGAUGGGAAAGUAGACAUUAAGUUAAUCAAAUGAAGUUAAGCUGGUAUUGACGCCACUUUUACUACACGCAUGUGACUAUUACUAUCAGAGACAAGAACAGGAAAAACUUAACAGUUGUAUAUGUCGAUAGGGGGUUGUUGAGGCGUAGCAUACGUUUUAUGAAAAAACCAGAACUGUAUCAUUAUCCAGAGCCGGGCGUAUAAAAAGUCCAGUGUAAUAAAUUUGGUUAAAUUCAAGGUUAUCAUAAAGUUGUUUGUUAUCGGAUAAUUCUUAUUCCGAUUCAGAGCGAGGAUGCCAUUUCGAUCAAGUCUCCCGAUUUUUAUUUGCACAAGCUUAGACCGAUUUCGUAGCGUUUGCUUGAACCAUCCCUAAGUAAACCUUACGAAAAAAGAGGAGCACAAAUCAAACAUUGGAUUUGUAUUAUUCAGAAAUUGAAAAUUUUACAAAAAAACCUAAUUAAAAAUAGACUAUAGACUGAAUUUACACCUAAUUCAAACGAGACACUCUAUGACAAAUCUUUUCAUCAUAUGCCUCUUUACUGUUAAAAAAAUCGCGACAAGAUUUCAUAGGACAUACUUAUGUACUUCUUGUUGCUAGGUAGCAAACACUUCAAAAUGUAUGCUAUUUACCCAAGGCAUAAGAAAUAAUUCACUUUAAAAACCUUCAAACAAUGAUAUUUUAUUUGAAACCGGAACAACUUUUAAUAAAACAUAAUGAUACGUGACACAAGUCCAAUUCCGAAAAGAACCUAUUUUGUAUGUUGUCUAUCUAUUUACAUUCAAUUUCAUUUUAAAAGAUUUUGUGGUUAAUAGUUUUAAGUUAAUACUUUCUUAGCACAAAAGAGGCGCAAUGUAUAACUUCUUUGUCUUAGCAGUUGUUGUUUUAUGUUUGCGGCGGGGAGUCGGGCAAACCAUUCAUCGGCGAGCGGCUCUGUUCAACACACUGGAAAAUUUCAGGGUCAUUAACGGUGAUUUGAUUAAACGACAAAGAAGCCAGAGUUUGGGAACUUGCACACAGCAGUGCUUAUCUGAACCUUCAUGUGCAUCUUUUAAUUUCGGUUCGUCCUCGGAUAGUCGUGGAUUUUGUGAGCUGUACAAAGAUGGUGGAGACGUAACACUGAGUGCAAAACCAGGGUGGCUUUGUGGAAAACUACUGGAUAAACGACAAUUCGUUAAGCGUAAGUUUUAAUUAAGGAUUUCAUUACUUGCUAGAAGUGUUGGUAAAUACAUCUAACAUAUCAUACCGAUCACUCAGGUAAAGUUUUGCUCACUUUCUUCACAAAGGACAAUAUUACUGGAAUUUUUUCGUAAUUCUUUGAUUUCCAAGGGAUCCUGUUUCGCGGCCCUCAAUCCGUCUAUUCACUGGCCGGUAUGGAUUCAAUACACACCUUAGCCUGAAUUUCAUCUGAUUACUUCGAGUCGUUAUUACUCCCUCAGUUACUGAGGGAGUAAUAACGACUCGAAGUAAUCGGAUGAAAUUCAGGCUAUACACACCACUGUGAAGAGACCUAUCAGGGUGGAUUUCCACUUUCGCAUAAUUUUUACGUGCGUACUCACGUAUGUAAAAGACGUAAAAGGCUGGGAACGAGGCUGAGUCUAACCUCACCUUAUAAGGACAUCUCUCUAUCAAGGAGAGUACUAUUCGUCCCGGAAAUGCCAAACCUGAUAUCAGUUCCGAUGCCUUUAUACUGACGCGUCUAUAAUGUAACCGCUCAUGUUUGUGCCUUAUUCCCUUUGGCCCCUGCAUUAAUAAUGUUUGAGACAAUCUUUUUUCAGGGGCUCGGAGGACGAUUUGAGAUCCAGAAUUUUCGGAACAUUUUGCGUAAAAUUUCUUGCUUGCCUGCCUCUCCUAGGAUUUUCGAACGUCUAAAAAAUGGUAUAGUUGCCCAUUUUUAACGGAUGUUUACCCUACAAAGGUCGCCUAGAAUUUUCGACAGCCUUUUUUCUGGCUGAAAUUUUCGAAAAGGUAAGGUUUGAUCCCUAUAGUUUUCGGAUCUCUAGACUUUCAGCUAGGAAAUCCGAACAGAUGAAAAAUUUUUAGGGGAUAAAAAUAUCUACCGUUUAAAUACUAAAAUACGUUUAACAAUGCUAUGUUUAAGUGGUUUUGAACUAUAUUCUCGUUGGGUGCCCUUGUUUUUUUGUUGUAGCACCAGCUGAAUGCAAGACUUGGCGAACCAAAGAUGGCGGAUGUUGUGUUUUCCCGUUCUUUUACCAAGGGAAGCUCCACGAUAAGUGCAUUUUUGAUGGUCAGUUAUGGUGUUCUGUCACAGAUAACUACGAUACUGACCGGAUGAGAGGUGCUUGCCAAGGUGAGAUCUAUCUCUGAGUUCUAUCUCUAACACUAAAGUUAGCAGCAAAUAUCGUGGUUCUGUUCACUACACAAUCAGUAGCUAGUUGAGAGUAUGUGACUUAAUGAUUGCACCAAACCGCUAUAGGUUCUACAGGUUUAGGAGAAUGAUACCAUGGCUGAUCAUGAUAAUGACUAGUGCAUGAAGGGUGCAUGCAGCAACCUCAAACCUGGUUAACUCGACAUGUACAGAAAGACUGAAAAACCGUCGGGCUUUUUGUCAAACCUGUUUUUCAUGGCAAGUAGUGCAGGCGUGAGAUUCUCGGGCGCGUGCUAGCCUCACACGCCCCAAUUCAAGCCAUACUCACCCUUCGUUUUUAGCAUCGCUUGACUGCUCGCGUUCUUGACAUGUGCAAAAAAUGCGGGCUGUUGGCCACCGUGCUAAGAGCCGUGAGGCACGCAAAGCGCUGAGUAAAAGCCGUGAAGCCGACACCAAGAGCCAGAAAGACUUGUGCAAAUUGCUAAACGUGAAAAACACCUUACCCUGGUUACAGUAAGUAUGACUAGUAUUUGAUGCAGCCAGUAUACGCUCAGAAUUUUUUCCUAGCCAAGAAAGGAAAUAUUGAGAGACUUAUGUAGAUUUGUUUCUCUAGCAAACAAGUAUGCAUUGUAUCGUUCGAGUUCUAACUUUUUUCGCUGAAAAGUAAUUUCUUGUUUUCGAAAAAUCAUCUUGCUUACUGACCACCUAACAAACAUUUAUUGUCAGACUUCAACUUCACGUUUACCACGCUGGGUGCCCAGGGAGAGACAGGACCGUCGAACACUUCUGGAUAUCAGGGAACAACACUUGAGAACAAAGUCACGUUGCAAAAGGGUAUCCAAAUAUGGAAGGUGCCAAUGAACGGAACUUAUGUCAUAGAGGCCUGGGGAGCAUCAGGUGCUGUUGGCAGGCAAAACAACUCGUGUUCCUCUACAAGGGCAGGCGGCAAGGGAGCUUACAUGAAGGGGUGCUUUAAUCUUACUCAAGGAACGUCUGUCAAAAUUCUUAUCGGGCAAAGGGGGAGUAAUGGAAAAACCGGUUCUCCGUUACCUGGGGGAGGUGGAGGUGGGACAUUUGUUGUUCUUAAUUCCGGUAAUCCUUUCAUCAUUGCAGGCGGUGGGGGUGGUGGUGGUGCACCAUCAAAUGAGUACAGUGAGGGGGACCCUGGGAAGAUCACAGAAAAUGGAUCACAGAGUGGGGGUUUCAAUGGAGAUGGUGGAAUACUUUUUGUGGAGGACCCCCCAUCUGCAAACCUUGAUGCCGGGGCGGGAGGUGGUUUAAUUGGAAACGGCAAAUCAGGAAAAAUUACCAAAGGAGGUUCAAGCUUUAACAAUGGGGGUCUAGGGGGAAAAUCACAAAGUGGAGGAAAUGGUGGAUUUGGGGGAGGGGGUGGAGGGUUUCAACAUCCUGGUGGAGGGGGUGGGUAUUCAGGUGGGGGUGUCAUGAAAAAAUCUGGUGUCACCAUUGCAGGAGGGGGAGGGUCACUUAACAGAGGAAUUAACCAGGUGGAGACAGAGGACGUGAAUAGAGACGAUGGAAAGGUAGUUAUCGUACUUGUUGAGCCUGAGAAAUAG